CGGCUGUUCGUUCACUCAAUCGAUCCAACGACGGAAAACGACAAUAUUGGCAAACGCGGGGAUCGUCGGCAUUGACAGGUAAUAGUUGCCCGCUCCACAUCAAGAAACUCCGGUAUUCUCGAGUUUAGUCAUCGCAAAAGCAGAGUAUCAUGUCAGACGAAGAAGACGAUCUGUUCGCGGACAGCGACAGCGACGACACGGCUGAUUUGCUACAAGCCUCGAAAGCUAGUGGCACGACUGCUCCCGGCAAGAAGCAAGAGGCGAAAGCCAAAAAGCCGGAAGACUCGGGUUUGUUUGAUUCGUCCGACGAUGAUUCGGAUGCCGAACAAGAAGAUGCCAAGCCGGCGGCUGUCGUGAAGAAAAAACCCAUCUCCAAACGGGAACGGCUCGAAGCACUCGCUCAGAAGAAACACAAGGAUUCUCAACCCACCGUUGAUCGUGAAAAGUAUUCGGAUAAGAAUGCAAGCGACAACGCAAAGAAAGGUUACGAAUCCGAGGACUCCUACGAUUCCGCUGAUUUUCAACGAACCAAGGAAGACGACGAUUUUUUGGAUACUACUGGGGAAGACGCCGAAGCCGUCAACGAACUCUACGCCGAACAGCACUUUGAUGACGAACGCCCAGAUAAAGACAAACCCAAGAAACGUCGACGACGCGCGGAUGAAGCUGAGGAAGACGACGGUAAGCUUGAACCGGACAAUCCCAUCAUGGCGGCGGUGCACCGUAUGAAAAAGAAGAAACGCGAAAAGAAGUCUUUUACCGAUAUGGAAGAUGCGUGCAAAUCAUUUUUGGGCAAAAUGGAGCUGGCGGCAGAAGAAGACGAACAAAGUAUUCGCGCACGAAUACCCGCUACUCGAAAGCUGGCAAUGCUAAAUGAAGUGGUUGAAGUCUUGAAUAAGAGAGAUAUGCAGCGGAUGUUGCUUGAUUUGGAUUUGCUUGUCGUAUGUAAGCGUUGGGUUCAGCCGCUGCCUGGCGGUAAUCUUGGAAAUGUGACAAUUCGACAGCGAUUGCUGACCGCCAUAGCUAACAUGACGGGCGAAACUGGGAUCAAUACGAACGAUCUCAAACGUUCUGAGUUUGGCAAGGUGGUCAUGGUUUUGGCGAAACAUCGGGAUGAGACGCCCGCCAUGAAGCGGCAGUUACGUGGCUUGAUGGAUCAAUGGAGCCGACAAAUUUUUCAAAAGUCGGGCAACAUGCGCGACUUGGAACGUGUCAGUCAUAGUCGCGGUGAAGGUGGAUUGGCGUCCAUUGCCCGCCAGCACCGGGAAAUUCGGGGUGAUCAGGAGAAGCAUCUUGUCAAUCGACAGGCAGCAACGCAGGAUGUUGAUUCUCUAAUUGCGUCAGGCAAAAAAGGAAACAGCGAGUCCGGUAUCAAUCGCGUUCGUGUGCCAUUCAGCAAGGGCUUCGACUAUUCAGUGCGUCCGGCAGCCAAGACCAUGAUCGCUGCGGCGGUCGACAAGCGCAUGGUCAAAGGCGGUCCUGUCGCAAAAGACAACCGCGGCAAACUAAGUAAGCGCAUGUUGGAAAAAGCUCGUCCCAAGGGUAAGAACGAGCGUAGCGCCAAUAUUUCGAUUGAAGGUCGCAAGACCACGGGCUAA